AUGGAACAUAGCACCUUCUCACCCGAUUCGAAAGAGAUUACCUCGGAAACAGUUAAUCAACAGCUGGUCAACAGGAAUCCGCCGUCGUCUUCUGAUGGAACCGAACUUCGAAUCUCUGCAACAAACCCUUUCACUCGAAAUGCAACGCCGACAAAGCGAGUCCACUUUGCUGCCAGCCUGUCGACGCAUGAACCGGUACCAGCCGAAAGUCUGGUCCAGUUCGCGUGUCACGCCGAGGGCGGCCGGCCGCCGCCUCAGCUCUUCGUGUUCCGUCAACGCGUCGGUGAACAGCGUCCAGAGCAGUUGAGCGCUCCGCUCGUGGAAGGCCGCAGCUCGAGACCACGAGCCGGCGGCGGCGGCAGCGGCAGCGGCAGCGUCUCGGAGCGAGACGAGUCGGAGACGGACGAGGCCGGCGGUGGCUGGCGCGAGGACGACUCACUCGGCUUCGACGCCGGCCAGAGCACGGACGAGACCGGACAACCGAGCUCGCACGGAGCAGGCAACGAGGAGGCCGGUCCGGACUGGAACCCGGACUCGAACUCAAACUCGGACUCAGACUCGGACUUGGCUCCUGAACUGGAGUCGUACUCGGAUUCAGACGAGUUGGACGGCGAUGGAGACUGGCGCGACGGCCAGCCGGACGGACGCAGCCAUGGGCGUUGGCAACGAGGGCGGCAACAGCGCCGGCGCUUCAACUUCGCCCUGCGGCUCAGCAAAGACGACCUCGGCGCUGUCUUCUUCUGCAAGGCCGUCCAGGCAGGAACAUUGUCGAGCGAGUUUUUAUUUAUUCCACCAUAA